AUGUCUACUUCUAGUUAUGCAAUCACUGGUAUCCAAGCAGGCAAAGGGCCUAAUGGAAGUGUCCCACUCCGUCGUGAGGUCGACGAGUGGUGGUUCUCCAGCGACAGGAAUGAUCUCUACCAGAGAUCAUUGUUUAUCUAUGCCCUGACCGAAUUCAUGAAGAUUGACCCAAAUGACAUCAAAUCAUACUUCGCCGUGGCAGGUUAGUCGCAUCCAGAAAUUCUCUUUGAUCAAGUCUAAUGUCAGAUAGGAAUCCACGGCCAGCCUGUACAGCCUUGGGAUGACUCGGGCCCAGAAGACCCAAACUGGUACUGUGUCCACGGCAACGUCACUUUCCCACCAUGGCAUCGUCCCUACGUUGCUCUUUACGAGCAGAGACUCUACGAGAUUAUGAAGCAAAUAAUCCCCACCACUUUUGCUGCUCAGGAUCAUGCUGCUUUAAUCCAUGCUGCUGAUACCUGGCGUCUUCCAUACUGGGACUGGGCUGAGAAGAAACCCGAUUGGAGCGCACCCAAUGAUCCCUCGAAGUUUGGUCCUAAUGCCCCGUACAUCAUCACCGUUCCCCAGGUUGAGGUUCUAACUAAGACUGGUGUGGCACUUGUUGAUAACCCUAUGUGGAAAUUCAAUCUGCCUCAGAUCCAUCCUGACAAACCCACCUUUGGACAUUAUGGCGUCAAGAAAGAAACUGUCGUAAUGGAUCCCAAUGAUCCUAAUGACAAAGGAACAUUAUUUCAUGUGAGUUGACGGCGACUCAAACCACAAUACUUCUCUAACACGCAUAGUUCGAUCUUGGCAAAGCAUCCGUCCGACAUCCCGAGACCAUUGAUCCUACUAACCCGAAUUUUGAAUCUUCUUGGGUCAAGGGCGAUAAGCAACGUCACGAACCCAUCACUAAGGAACUUCGUAACGGGAUCAAGGAUGGGAGCUAUACCACUACUCUCCCCGAAUCGGUCUACCGUCUCUUCCUGGAAGAAUACAUCCCUAAUUGGAAUGCAUUUGCUACUCUGGGAUACCAACCUGGGCAGACUGGUCAAACCUAUGCUUCAUUGGAGGCUAUUCAUGGUAGUAUACAUGUGUUUGGUGGUGGAACUGGACAUAUGGGAAAUGUUGGUGUUGCGGCUUUUGAUCCCCUCUUCUGGUGAGUUUUCCUUGCAAUAUUUGCUGGUCAUCUCGCUAACUUUUCGGCUACAGGUUACAUCAUAAGUAAGUAGAUGGCAUUCCAAGCCACUUUAUCGGAACAGAUGAUUUAAUGUGUUUCCAGCAAUGUUGAUCGCAUCUUCGCCCUCUGGCAGGCUUUGUAUCCUGACAAAUAUGUCGAGCCUUAUGAAGAUAAGGUUCGGGGAAAAGUUGAUGCUAAUACUCCUCUUUUGCCUUUCAAGAUGGAUACUAAUGGCACCCCUGUAAGUAUUGCCCAUACCUUUGAUUCCUUAGAAUGAAGUUGAUUAUUCUUCAAACUCACUGCAUUCUCAUACUGAUUCUUUGGCAGUGGACAUCAGUUCAAGCCCGCGACCAUUUCAGGCUCGGCUAUACAUACCCAGAGCUACAAACAUGGCUCCCAAUCUACCAAACCGGUGGCAAAUUCGACAAGGUCAAGUUCGAGAAAGCUGUCCGCACCACUGUCGAGCUCAAAUACAGUUCCACCGGCAAAUACGUCUGCGCACUUCCAGGCUACGAAAACAUUGCGCAGCAAGUGAUGCAAGCCGUGCCAGCCGACAAUCUGAAGAUCGAGUGUUUCCCACCGGCUCUCGUCGACUUGAGCAACACCAUCAAAGAAGCCGGUAAUGUUGCAGGCCAAGUUGUCAAUACUUUGGCUGGUGUCGCGGGGAUUGGCGUAGGUCUUCUUACGGGCUUCAAUGCUACCCAAGUAGGGGCUCCUAAGCCACCACCACAGGGACAAGGCACUGUUCCGACUCUUUCUUGGGAGGCACAUGAUUACAUCGUCAAUGUCAAAUAUGAUCGGUUCUUUUACCUCUGCUCGUCCUGGAAGGAACUAAGCAUGCUAAUUCUCAUCCAGAUACGCCCUCGGCGGCCAACCUUUCCGUAUCCUCAUCUUCCUCGGCGGUGGUCAGUAUCACUUUCCUAUACUAAGCCCCCUCUCCCUUUCCUCUACCUGAACCCCCUCUCCCAUAUCAAAACUGCGCACUAACACCCACCCAGUCCCAAGCUGGGACCCCCCCUCCGGCGCAACCGGCGCAGCCGCCUCCCCCGUCAUCCCAUGGGACCAACUGGACAUCCAAAACUGCCCCAACGAAGUCGGCCUGAUCUACAACUUCUCCUCGCCGGCCGAGUUCCGCGGGAUGCGCACCUCGGGGUGCGACGCCUGCGCGCGCGCCCAGGAGUUUGGUGACUUGAGUACCGGCCAGAUCAUCAUUACGGAUUUCCUGGUUAAUAAGGUGCGGAGCUCGGCGUGUACGCUGGAGGGGAUGGGACGGGAGGCCGUGAGUGCGUGGUUGAGGACGGAGUUGCAUUGGAGGAUUAUUGAUGUGAGUUUCUUCUUCUUCUUUUUCCUGCAGUGAGUGGAGGGGAUGUAGAGGGGAUGAGGGUGGGUGGCUGAGACUGAGACUGAUGAAUUGAAUCUAGUCCAACGGACGAGUCGUGCCGCGAGAGAAUAUGCCACAACUCAAGGUGUCCGUCGCGAUGGGGAAGGGAACCCAUUUCUUGGAUGCGUGUAAGCCGUCGGUGUACACCAACUACGAGACGUUGUGGGAGGUUACCGAUGGGAGACCUUGUGGUGCUUGUCCUGGGGAUGCUUAG